AGAUAGGCAACACCGGGGAUGAGAGUGUGCAGACAGGCAUGAGAGGCAGAAAGCAGUGGAGACAGAGCACAGGCAGUACCAGUAGAUCUAUAUUUAUUUAUAUAUACAGAUGGAGAGAAGGGAAACUUUACAAAGAGGCCAGUGAGAGCGUGGACUCAAGGUGACUUUAGGGAAGCUGAUUCACUGCAGGCAGCAGCUCUCACAACUUUUACAAGGCAAAUUUAGCAAGCGUGCGGGGAAAAGAAGAACAAAGAGAUAAGAGGAGGAGAAAAACGAGCAGGAGGAAUAAAGUUAAAAAGGACACCGGCAUUGCCCACAAAGACGGGACCCAGGAAAUAGCUGCACUUGAAGAAAAAAGGGAAAGUCUUUUCAAAUAAUACUCUGUGCUUCGCGAUGGGAGACCGGGCGCAUCUUCUAGCAUUUGCACGGACCUUGCUCCCCGUGGUCCUUGGCAUUUUGACCCUUCUGCCCCAGAGCCUUCUGGGUACACCGGCAGAGGAGGAGCACGCGGGGAGCUCAGCUCUGCUGCAGCGGGUGAAGCGAAGCUGGGUAUGGAAUCAGUUCUUUGUCCUGGAGGAGUACACUGGACUGGAACCACUUUAUAUUGGAAAGCUCCAUUCAGACAUGGACAAAGGUGACGGCUCCAUUAAGUACAUCCUGACGGGUGAGGGGGCAGGCACCACCUUUACCAUUGAUGACAGCACAGGGGAUAUCCACGCAAUCCAGAGGCUGGACCGAGAGGUGAAGGCCCAGUACGUUCUCCGUGCACAGGCCCGCAACCGCCUGACGGACAGGCCCCUGGAGCCUGAGUCCGAGUUCAUUGUCAAGAUCCAGGACAUCAACGACAAUGAGCCAAAGUUUCCAGAUGGCCCCUACCAGGCAUCUGUUCCCGAGAUGUCCAAAAUAGGAACAUCUGUGAUACAGCUGACCGCUACAGAUGCUGAUGACCCCACAUAUGGCAACAGCGCUCGUGUGGUCUACAGCAUCCUGGAGGGCCAGCCUUACUUCUCUGUAGACGCCAAGACUGGUGUGGUCCGUGUGUCCCUGGCAGACAUGGACCGCGAGACCAGAGAAAACUACACUGUGGUCAUCCAGGCCAAGGACAUGGGCGGGCAGCUGGGGGGACUCGCCGGCACCACCACCGUCAACAUCACUCUCAGCGACGUCAACGACAACCCGCCCAUGUUUGACCAAAGGCUGUACCAGAUGAGCAUCCCUGAGUCGGCUCCUGCGGGUUCAGUGGUGGGACGCAUCUGGGCGAAGGACAGGGAUAUAGGGGUCAACGCUGAGAUGAAGUACAGCAUCAUAGAUGGAGAUGGAAGGGACACUUUUGACAUCAGCACCGACCCUACAAACCUCUUUGGCAUCAUCACGGUGAAAAAGCCUUUGAACUUCGAGAACAAGCCCAGCUACACCCUGAAGGUGGAGGGAGCCAACACCCACCUGGACCCUGUCUUUCGCCACCGUGGGCCCUUCAAGGACGUCACCAUCGUACACGUGAGCGUGGAGGAUGUGGACGAGCCCCCGCUGUUCGACUCGCUGGCGUACUAUGUCGAGCUGUCAGAGGAGGCUGAGAUUGGGACCGUGGUGAGGACGGUGUCGGCGAGGGAUCCUGAUGCUGCCAACAACACCGUGAGGUACUCCAUUGAGAGGUCCAGCGACCCUGACAAGUACUUCUACAUCGAGAUCACCUCCGGGUCACUGAUGACCGUGCGCUCGCUGGACCGAGAAGAGAUCGGCUGGCACAACAUCACCGUCCUCGCCAUGGAGAUGAAUAACCCCACACAGAUCUCGAGCGUGUCGGUGGCUGUGAGGGUCCUGGAUGUGAACGAUAACCCUCCAUCACUCAUGCACUACCUGGAGGCGUACGUGUGUGAAAAUGCCAAAGCGGGGCAGCUGAUCCAGACUGUGACAGCGGUAGAUCCAGAUGAGCCGCUUGGUGGACAGCAUUUCUACUACAGCUUGGCUCCAGAGGCUGUCAACAACCCCAACUUCACCCUGAGAGAUAACCAAGACAACACAGCGUGGGUCCUGACUCGACGUGGUGGCUGGUCACAGCAGGACCAGACUGUCUUCUACUUGCCCAUUUUCAUCUCGGACGGUGAGCAGCCAGUUCAGACCAGCACCAGCACGUUGACCAUCCGCGUGUGCAGCUGCGACCAGGAAGGCAACGUCAUGUCGUGCAACGCUGAGGCCUACAGCCUGCCCGCCAGCCUCAGCAGGGGCGCCCUCAUUGCCAUUCUGGCCUGCAUCUUUGUCUUGCUUGUGAUGAUCCUGCUCAUGCUUUCCCUGCGGACCCAUCGUAAGAAGCCGUACUUGUGCGAUGAGGAGGAGAACGUGCACGAGAACAUUGUGCGUUACGACGAUGAAGGCGGCGGCGAGGAAGACACCGAGGCCUUUGACAUUGCUGCCAUGUGGAACCCUCGUGAGGCGCACCACCACCUUGGGAAGAUGAGACAGGACAUGCUGCCAGAGAUUGAGAGCCUAUCCCGUUAUGUCCCUCAGGCGUGCAUCAUGGGCGGCGGCAGCGGGGACAGCAACGUUCACGGAUAUGUGCUGGCGAAGCUCCUGGAAGCCGACAUGGACCCGUGUGCCCCACCUUACGACUCCCUGCAGACAUACGCUUAUGAAGGGGAAGGCUCCAUCGCGGAAUCACUCAGCUCUCUGCAAUCUGGAACCUCGAACACCGAUCACGAGUACGACUACCUGAACGACUGGGGGCCCCGCUUUAAAAAACUCGCUGAGAUGUACGGCGUGCUUGAGACAAACAGUCCUCCGCUGUGGUAGGACGACGGGACCUUUUGCCUUUGCAAACAGACGUAUAAAAAGAGUAAAAACAGAGACAGAAAACAACCAAGAAGUGACACAACAAAGCUGAAAUGUACUCGUGCUCACAUCCAUGACUGUUAAAAAUCGAAUUCCUGCUGAAGCAUCUGUUCUCCACAGCCUUGAAGGCCUGCGGCAGGUUUUAAAUCUCCCCCAGAGAUGGGCGUCAGAGGCAGGCUGCAUUUGGCAGCCUUUUGGGGGCCACGCUGAGGAACGGCUUCAAAGCACAUGUCAACUUUCCUGCCUGACCCAGCUGAAGCAGAGCCCCUUUGAUUCAAGGCGCCAGGCAAUUUAUGCCAGAGACGAAAACAAGAGUGCGGGACUACCUUACUCACUCCGAAAAAGCUGUUUUUGUUUCAUCCGUGGCAGGUCUUAAUUUAUUUCUUUGUUCCACUUGCUGUAUUUAUAUGUUCUGCUAAGUUAUUUGGGUCCUUCAAGCCGACACUGUACUUAAAACCGCCGCCAUGCGAGGAAAUCUUCUAAAGAUCACGCACACGUUGUAACAUACAUGAUGUAACCGCCUUUGUUUUCAAUCCUUGUGAGAAGCUGCAUCUCUAAAUGUCACAUGACGUGCACCGGAGAUGGCGAUGUCGUAGUCCCAUGUGGGUUUUCAGAGUUGAUAUGUUUACUGUAUUAUUGUUUUUGUACCAUUUUUAAGCUCUUUGUGUCGUAACUCCAAAACAUAAAGCAGGUAUCCAUUCACGAGGAUGAGAGGGAAGCCAUUUAAAAAAAACAAAGGAAACUUUGGAUUUGUAUCAGCGGAUGGUCGAAUCUCACCCGAGACCUGCAGCACAGCGGAGAGGACCACAUGUGGACGAGCCCCCUACCGAGUCGCCUUUAAUUUUGAUCCCGCCGCCGUGCCAGCCGGAGUCUGGCGGCGACGAGGCUUGAUCUGUCCUGUUAGAGAUACUGUGUUGCUUUUCUGUCACCACACAAAUGUGGCUUAAUCCUCCAAUCCUGUGGACUACAGAGACACUGAGAACCUGCAUCAAGUGCCAACUGUAAAAAGGACAAAUGAAAGACAUCUUAAAAGAAGGGAGAGAAAAAAAGAAGCAAAUUACACACAAACACCAAAAGGAUUUUCCAAACUCGGAGAGAUGUGGAAGUAGAUUUUGAUAAUUCAAUUGGGGGGAGUUUACUUGAAAUCUAUGUUGUCAGUCAUGCUACAGUAAGUGGUAUGUGAAUGUAGAUAUUUUUUGUAUUCUUGGUAAU